ACAUUCAUUCGCAGACCCUCAGCCGGCUUUCCUCAGUCGCUCGCUCCUCAGCUACAGAGGGCACUUAGCACGCUGGCAACUUCUCUCGUAAUCUUGGGAAGAGUUCAUCACACGGAUUGUGACUGUGACAGAGCCUUACAGUCAUGGCACCAAAGAAGAAAAAUAUUAAAAAGAAUAAAGCAGAAACUAAGGACACGACUGUCAUUGUGGAAGAAAGUACGAUCAUCCAUUUAAAUGGUGUGAAUGGCCUUGUAGAUGGAGGCUAUGGUUUUAGUUGUAUUUCAACUGAGAUUUCCAACUCAUUCCACAGUUCCAACCUCUUGGAAGCCAUCAACAGAAUGAGGCAAGAACAUGUUCUGUGUGAUUUAACCAUUUCCACAAAAACCAAGUCAUUUGAGGUUCACAAAGUAGUGAUGGCUUCUUGCAGCGAGUUCUUCAGGAAUAUCCUGAAGAAAGACCCAUCCACACAAAGAAUAGACCUCAAUGAAAUCUCUCCAGUCGGUCUUGUCACGGUCAUCACUUACGCGUACAGUGGAAAGAUCACGUUGUCAUUGUAUACCAUUGCCAGCACAAUAGCAACAGCCAACCUGCUCCAGAUCCAUUCUCUCCUGAAGAUGUGCUGUGACUUUUUAAUGCAGGAAAUCAACGUUGAGAAUUGCAUGUAUAUCGCUAAUAUUGCAGAAACAUACGGACUUAAAGGCACCAAGGAAGUGGCACGUAAAUUCAUAACUGAACAAUUCCUGGAGUUUUCAGAAAGGGACCAGUUCUUGAAGCUAACGUUUGAACAAAUAAUGGAGUUCAUGCUGGAUGAUGCCCUGCAGUUACCUUCAGAACUUGCAGCAUUCCAGAUCGUAAUGAAAUGGCUGGACUUUGAUUAUAAAAGGGUGAAAUAUGCAGCAGAUUUACUGAACAGCAUUCGGUUCGGUACCAUUUCAGCGCAGGAUCUGGUGAAUUACGUUCAAACUGUGCCGAGAAUGAUGCAAGAUUUAGAAUGUCACAAGUUUCUUGUCGAAGCCAUGAACUAUCAUCUCCUCCCCUAUCAACAAAACACCUUGCAGUCAAGAAGGACAAAAGUUCGUAGUGGCCUUAAAGUUCUAGUCAUAGUGGGCGGCCGUCAAGAGCUAACGGAAAAGGCACUCAGUAGGGAUGUUAUCUACAGGGAUCCGGAACGGAUUUGGAACAAACUGUCUGAAAUGCCUUACAAGAGCUUCAAUCAGUGUGUGUCUGUGAUGGAUGGGUUUCUCUAUGUAGCCGGAGGAGAAGAUCAAAAUGAUGCCAGGAAUCAGGCCAAACAUGCCGUGGGCAACUUCUGCAGAUACGACCCUCGAUUCAAUACUUGGAUUCAUCUGGCAAACAUGAUCCAUAGACGGACCCACUUCAGCCUAAAUGUUUUCAAUGGUUUAAUCUUUGCAGUUGGGGGGAGGAAUCCAGAUGGUCUCCUUGCUUCUGUUGAAUGCUAUGUGCCAGCAACCAACAAAUGGCAUCUUAAAGAGCCUUUGGAGGUGUCCAGGUGCUGCCAUGCCUCUGCUGUGAUAGAUGGGAAAAUCCUGGUGACUGGGGGCUACAUCAAUAACUCCUACUCCCGCUUGGUCUCUGCCUACGAUCCCUCGGCAGACAGUUGGCAAGAUGCGGCCAACCUGAGCACACCCAGAGGAUGGCACUGCGCCAUCUGCCUCUUAGACCGCGUGUACGUGUUGGGUGGGAGUCAGCUAGGGGUUCGCGGUGAGAGGAUUGAUGUGCUUCCGAUUGAAUGUUACAGCCCUCGCACCGGGCAGUGGUGCCACGCUGCCCCUCUCCCUCUGGGCGUCAGCACUGCCGGUGUUACGAAUCUUGACAAUAAGAUCUAUUUAGUGGGCGGGUGGAAUGAGGUGGCGAAGAAAUAUAAGAAAUGUAUCCAGUGUUUCAACCCAGAUCUCAAUGAGUGGGCGGAUGACGGAGACCUCCCGGAGGGGGUAGUAGGCUUAUCCUGCUGUGUUUUUACCAUGCCUAAACAAAGGUCACAAGAAUCCAGGACUAGUUCCGUUUCAUCAGUUCCAGUCAGUAUCUGAUUUGGAGGAAAACGUUUUGCAUCAGUGCCAAAAUUGCACAGAAAUGCUUGGCCAUAAAUUAACAAUGAAAUCAGUGUUCAUUGUUGGAUGCAAAAGAUUUUCUGAAUUGGAUUAAUAAGGAACCAUUGAGAGGCAGAUCAUUGCUUUUGAAAGGUGUACAUAUCGUAAUGCUGUGUUCGAAGUAGUUGUUUGAAGGGGGGGGUGAGUCUCAGUGGUGUGACGCAGCAUGGCAUGUAGCGAUAGGUACUAGUUAGUCAGAAGGUCAUUCAACUCUAGCCAAGGAUACAACAUUCAUUUAACAGCCCAACCAUUUAUGUUUGUUGAUGAGGCAAUUAAAACUUGGUGAUUUUUAUUACAGUUUGAAACUAAAA